UUUUCUGUGCCUGCAAGGGAAUAACUCCGACAGUAACCGCGGCAGGUUGCUGUUGUGACUAUAAUCCGAUGUGCAGUCUUGUGCACCUUUUCGUUAGGCAACCUUUUGGAAUGAACCCAGCACAGAGCCUUAGGGGGUCACCCACCGUAACUCCCCGACUGAUACACGCAGCCUACAGGGAACUCAGACCGUUUGCACUGAUGGCAGGUGGAAAGGCAUUUUCGAGCUGCUGCCUGGAAACUUUUAUCUACUGAUCAACGGAAGAUGCCAGAGGGCUGAUUGGGAUAUCCCAGGUCUGGCAGCAGAUUUCCCACAGUGGCAAAAUUUGCUUUAAUAUUUAUAACACCCUGGACCCUGUAGAGGCAACAUGGUCAAGCAGGCACUAAAAAGUAGGAUUUCUGCGAUCUGUAGAGUAAACGGAUACAGUGUAUGAGACAAUUGAUUUCCAGAUGGAAGAAGAAAUGAUGUAUGAGCAGAAGUUCCAGCAGAAGGCUCAGAAGCAAACUAAGCAGAAGAAAUCAAAGUCGGCUGAAUUUCUGAUGGUAAAAGACAACAGAUCUGCAGCAGAAGGCAUUGAAAAUCCUGCUUUUAACAUCAGCACCAGAAACCUUUCAGCAUAUCAUAAUUCAGCAGAAAAAGAAAUUAAACAUGACAGACACGAUGGCACCCUUGCAGUUCAUCAACAAAAACUCCUGCUCCAAACCUAUGAUCAAGGAAGAGGAAAUGAAUACAGCAGAAAUUACUUUGACCUACAGAUGUAUGAGGGAAUAGACCCAAGGCAGUAUAGGAUAGAGGUCAGCACAGAAGAUGAGUGUGAAUUAACACUUGAGAAGAACGAUGACGUGGACUUCUAUCUAAAGCUACUGAAACUUCUGGAAGAUGAGGAAGGAAACCUGGAGGAAGGUGUUAAAGAAACCACUGGAGCUUGCAUGGGGCGUGAAAGCACUGGAGUUCACAGCAAUAUAUUGGGCCUGCGGCGGGAGGUGGAGAGUGAGACGAUCCCUCCUUAUGUUGAACAGUUCGAGGAGAGCGUACAAGAUGACGUGAUUAUGGUUGGCAGCCUUUCACUGGAACAGGCCCAAGAUCAACGACAGAGGAUUCUUAAUGCACACAUUGAUUGCCGGUCGCAAGAGAAGCAUCUGGUUCUGUUGGAAAAGCUGUCUGUCAAAUCACAGGAGGAAGAAACCAAACAACGAGUGAUGGCAUUUGUAAGGGAAAAAGCAAAGGGAACAAAACCUCAGGAGGAGUUCAAUCCUGAGCAGUCAGAUAUUUUCCAGGAGAGUCAUCAUGCAGCCUUCCAGAUCGCUGAAAACCGAUUGCUAAAAGCACUAGAAAGCCACAGAGGUGAAGUCAUGGCUAUGUACGGUGACCUGACUGAAGUCAAACACCAAUACAGUGGUAUGCAAGGCCAUUGCUGGAAGGUUGAAUGGUCUGGCACACCUCAGCCUGUUCAAAUCGAACUGAAGUGUCUACAAGCUGUGAAGGAUAAAUUGCCUAAAGGACAGUUCAUCCUCAGAAUUUCGUUGUACAGCCGACUUGGGGGCUAUCCACUUCGAUGGUUGAACACGAAGGAUCACAACUGGACAGGGACAACCCAACCAGUCCACCAUGAUGGCAACUUUUAUAACAUGGAACUGAGUUUCAACCAGAGCAUUGCUGCGGUUUUACCUUCACAAAAUGAUGUUCAACCAGGAAUGGUCCUAAUCUUUGAGCUCUUUCUGCUCCAUGGAAUUAAUACAAGGAUUGAACGGCCAGUGGGAUGGGGUGCAUUUCCCAUCUGUGACAGCCAGUUGGAGAUUUUGGAAGGAAAAUACAAAUGUCCCCUUUUAAGGGGACACAGGGACUCCAAGAUAGAUGAAUUCCGAAAAAUUGAAGACCUUAUAUCAUCAGAUAUAGAUCACUGGCUGUGUAACCUCUAUUUCCAGGUCUGGCACUCAACAUUACAGUGACCUGGUGUCAGGGUGAUGAUUUCCCCUUGAAGCUCUCCAGCCAAACAGUAAGGAGGCAUGGUCCUCAGAACACCUAAAGAAGGAGC